CUUCUAGCACUCCUCAUAACUUCAGAGAUUCCUUCACAGCUACACACACUUCUGCUUUACACAACAUCUGAAAUAAACACUAAGAGCUCGCCUGCUAAUACCAAACUCUGCUGCUUCGUACAGAAGAGAACUGAAAUCGAGCGGACAAGUAAAGAGGAACAGGAGAAGCAGCAACACAGAUCCUCUUCUGAUUCCUGAUCUACAAGUAUUUUGGUAUAUCAUUGGAACACAAACGAUCUAUUUUCUCUCAUCUCAGAACAGUAUGUCUGCUGUGCAUCUGCUGAAGUAACAAGUCCAACAGCAGCGAGUCGGUGAAGACGAUGGCAUCUGGUGAGCAGGAUUGUGUGACACGAGAUGAGCCGGAAAGAAAAAAGCUGAAACUCGAGGAAGCUCAGACGAGCAGCAGUCCUCACACUGGAGUCAGUGUUGAUGUGAAAGCUCAGAUGGGAGCAGCUGUAAAUGCUCCUGUACUCGCUGGAAACACCUUCACAGGUCCAGUGACCAUCAUCAGCACUGCAGGACACGAAAUCUCAGAGACGGCAGAGAAACACACCGAAAAACAAGCAGAUUUGAUUCGGAAAGAAUUCUUGGAAACUCACAAAUCCAACAUGAAGAAGAAAGCUGAACAUAUUUUUGAGGGCACAGAAGACAAUGAAGCAGAUCUCCAGGCUGUUUACACAGAGCUCUUCAUCACAGAGGGAGAUAUGAAGGAGGUUCAUCAGAAACAUGAGAUUCUGAAGACUGAUGAUGCUUUCAAGAAGAACAAAAUAAUAGCACAGGAAAAACCAAUCAAAUGCAAUGAUAUAUUUAAAUUAUUAAGGGAAAACAAUGAGAAGAAGAUUGUGCUGACCAAGGGAGUUGCUGGCAUCGGAAAAACUGUCUCUGUGCACAAGUUCAUCCUGGACUGGGCAGAAGGAGAAGCCAAUCAGGAUAUACACUGUGUGUUCCUGCUUCCAUUCAGAGAGAUUAACUGCAUUAAAGACAGAGAGUUCAAUCUCCAUGAGUUUCUGCUGAAAUUUUAUCCUCAAUUGAAGAACAUGGAAAAAUCAAAGUUAUAUGAGGAAUGUAAACUUGCCUUUAUAUUUGAUGGACUUGAUGAGAGUCGCCUGCCUUUGGAAUUUGAAAGCGGAAUAGUGAACGAUGUUGAGGAAAAAUCAUCUGUAGAUGUGCUGUUCACAAAUCUGGUCAAAGGGACUCUACUUCCUUCAUCUCUGGUCUGGGUGACCUCACGACCAGCAGCAGCCAAUCAGAUUGAUUCUAAGUAUGUGGGUUUGUUCACUGAGGUGCGAGGAUUCACUGACCAACAGAAGGAGCUGUACUUCAGAAAGAGAAUCACAGAUGAGAGUCUGGCCUCCAGAAUCAUCAAACACAUUAAGACGUCUCGUAGUCUCUACAUCAUGUGCCACAUCCCUGUGUUCUGCUGGAUCACAGCAACAGUACUUCAGGAUCUUCUCAUCAACAACAGUGAAGAGAACAUCAGCACAACACUCACUGAAAUGUACAUCCACUUCCUACUGAUACAGAUGAACAUUAAGAACCAGAAAUAUGCCAAAAAGACAGAAAGAGAAUCUACAAAGAACUUAGAUUCAAACAGAGAAAUUAUUUCAAAGUUAGCCAAGCUAGCGUUUGAACAGCUGAAGCAGGAAAACAUUGUGUUCUAUGAGGAAGAUCUGAAAGCGUGUGAUAUUGAUGUGAGUAAAGACACUGAGUUCACAGGAAUGAUCGCUGAGAUCUUUAAGAAGGAAAAUGUAUUUCAUUACAAGAGGGUUUUCAGCUUUGUGCAUCUGAGUGUUCAAGAGUUCCUCGCUGCAGUGCAUGUGUUCCUCUGUUACCUGAACAAGAACAUGCAGGAGCUUCAGUUUUUCUUUGAUGAGCCCGAAGAAAAUAUCACAUUGCAGGAGCUACUGCAGAAGGCUGUUGGUAAAGCCAUGAAGAGUCAGAAAGGACAUCUGGACCUGUUCCUGCGGUUUCUGAUGGGCAUUACACUGGAAUCCAGUCAAAACCUGCUCAAAGGUCUGAUCACACGCACUGAAGACACCACAGAGAGCAUCAGACAAAUAAGUCAAUAUAUUAAACAAGAACAAGAUGAGGAUAUCUCAGAUGAAGAUUUAGUCAACCUAUUCUACUGUUUACUUGAGCUCAAGGAUCAUUCAUUAUAUGAGGAAAUCCAGAGAUACCUCAUUUCAGAUGAAAAUCCAGGAAGAAAACUCUCAUCUUCAAUGUGCACCAUGCUGACCUACGUACUGCUGAUGUCAGAGAAGGUUCUGGAUGAGUUCAACCCAAAGAGGUUCACUUCAGAACAAUCAGGCUUUACAAGACUUGUUCCAGCUGUGAGAUGCUGCAGAAAAGCCUUAUUUGACGGCUGUGGUCUUGAUGAGAAAUGCUGUGAAACAGUAUCUUCAGCUCUCCAAUCAUCAGACUCUCAUCUGACAGAGCUGGACCUGGGUAGCAAUCACCUGCAGGAUUCAGGAGUGAAGCUGCUGUAUGAUGGACUGAAGAGUUCAUACUGUCAGCUGAACACACUGAGGCUGUAUGGCUGUAAUCUCACUGCUCAGUCUUGUGAGAGUUUGUCAUCAGCUCUACAAUCCUCAAACUCCCGUCUGACAGAGCUGGACCUGAGUAAUAAUGACCUGCAGAAUUCAGGAGUGAAGCAGCUUUCUGAUGGACUGAAGAGUCCAAGCUGUCAGCUGGAGAUCCUGAGGUUUUCCAUAUGUAAUCUCACUUCUCAGUCUUGUGAGAGCUUGUCAUCAGCUCUACAAUCCUCAAACUCCCGUCUGAGAGAGCUGGACCUGAGUAACAAUGACCUGCAGGAUUCUGGAGUGAAGCUGCUUUCUGAUGGACUGAAGAGUCCAAGCUGUCAGCUGGAGAUCCUGAGGUUAUCUGGCUGUAUGGUGACAGAGGAAGGCUGUGGUUAUCUGUCUUCAGCUCUGAGUUCAAAACCCUCACACCUGAGAGAGCUGGAUCUGAGCUACAAUCACCCAGGAGAUUCAGGAGUCAAGCUGCUCUCUGAAAAACUCAAGAAUCUGGACAAACUCAAUGUGGAUCAUGGAGGAGAAUCCAGAAUUACAGCAGGACUACACAAAUAUUCCCAUCAGUUCACUCUGGAUCUGAACACAGUGAAUAAACUCCUCCGUCUGUCUGAGAACAACAGAGUGAUUACUAACACUGACACAGUCCAGCCGUAUCCUGAUCAUCCAGACAGAUUUGAUGAGUGUCCUCAGGUGUUGUGUAGAGAGAGUGUGUGUGGACGCUGUUACUGGGAGAUCGAGUGGAGCGGAAUACAAGUGUCUAUAUCAGUGUCAUAUAAGAGCAUCAGGAGGAAAAGAGGAGGUGAUGAGUGUGGGUUUGGAUAUAAUGAUCGGUCCUGGACUCUGUACUGCACUCUUGUCGGUUACACAUUCAUACACAAUAACAUAGAGACUCAUCUCCUUGUAGAGCCCAUCAUCAACAGAACAGGAGUGUUUGAUGAUGAGGAUGAUAUCUAUAGAGUAGGAGUGUAUGUGGAUCAGGGCGCAGGAACUCUGUCCUUCUACGAUGUCUCUGACACAAUGAGACACAUCCACACACUCCAGACCACAUUCACUCAGCCGCUCUAUGCUGGGUUUACUGUUAGUCCUCGAUCAUCAGUGAAACUGUGUUGAUGAAUCAGAAGAGACUGAAGAGAGAUUCUACCCAUAAUGCUUUGAGCUGCGUGAUGAAUCACUAACAGAUGUUACAGAGUCUCUUCAUCACAUUAAUAUGAACAUCAAUCAGAAUAAAUGUGUGUCAGAAAUCCUCACAGAGAGUCAGAUCAGUCAUUUAUUCAGAAAAUAUUCAUGUUAUCAUUCGUCUCAUUUUUCUGGAUUGUUUUUGUGCACAAAUAAUAAAACACAACGACAGAUCAUCUUGAGAUCAGAUUGUAAUUGAUGAAUAUGUAAUAUGUAAUCUCUAUUUCUAGUUUCUCACUGUAAAGAUGCUUUGAAUAAAAUAAAGCUGAUUAUUAAA